UCCGCACUUAAACCUUUAGCCCAGUUGGUGUAGAAACAGCCGGGAGGAUUUCAACCGCCUGCCAUGGCUUCUCGAAACACCUACCUGCGGAGACAAAAAGAGGAAUAGAGGAGAACAAACAAGCAGCUUUAUUUUAUUUGCGACCGAAUUAAACUUCUCGAAUGCGAGGAAUAGGACAGGGAGCGAAGCCAAGACUGCUUGUUUUGGGACCAUAUUUACUUCACUUUUACGUUUUCUAAUCAGAGCGGCAACAUGGAUGAUUUUUGACACCCCCAGCGAUCUACAUAGGCGAAGAGCCUGCCUACUCUGAGGUCAGUUGUUGAAUGGGACAGAGUGCGUUAAACUACCAGCGCUUUCUUGACGUGCAUGUGGCGCGGCGGAGCCUCGGUAUAAGUCCGCCCGUCGCUGAUUUCUUCUCUUAUUGGGGACUAUAUAACCACUCGGAGUUUUGGACUGAUCUACAAAUGGACUAAGAGUUCAACUUUUUUUUUCUUCACUUUUUCAUGGGCUUUAUUCCGAUCUACUCUGCCAUGAGUGAAGAGGAGCUGAGAAGCUCCCCCGCUGCUUUUAGAGAGUGAGCGAGGAGGAUCUUUUUUUUUUUUUUUUUUUGGAGGUGGGGGGUGGGGGGAGCUUGGAAGCUGGAGCGGAGGCACCACGGCGGCACUCUCACACAGGCAGCCGGAGCCAUGAGCAGGGCGCUCACGGAGCACAUCAGCGGUAGCUUCCGAGAAGAUGCUCCCCGUCCUCCGGUGCCGGGGGAGGAGGGAGAGGCGUCAUGCUACAACCCGAGCAGAUCUGGCAAAAUGAGAGCCCAGAGUAAAGUUAAAGAUCUCCCCGCCGACGCUGCCGCCGCCGCUGCUCUUGUCGGCUCCAUGCCGCGGAGGAACGAGGAUGGACUCGGGGAGCCGGAGGGCAGCGCGUCCCCGGACUCGCCGCUCGUUCGGUGGACCAAGUCUCUGCAUUUCCUCCUCGGCGACCUGGACGGCGCUCACCUGUUCAGGACCUUCUUGGAGCGGGAGCGCUGCGUCGACGCGCUGGACUUCUGGUUCGCCUGCAACGGCUUCCGGCAGAUGGACUUAAAGGAUACCAAAACGCUGCGAGUUGCCAAAGUUAUCUUCAAGCGGUACAUCGAGAACAACAGCGUGGUGGCGAAGCAGCUGAAACCGGCCACCAAGACCUUCAUAAGGGAUAGUAUCAAGAAGCAGCAGAUAGACUCGGCCAUGUUCGACCAGGCGCAGACGGAGGUCCAGUCCCACAUGGAGGAGAACGCGUACCAGAUGUUCCUGACCUCUGACAUAUACCUCGAAUACGUGCGCACUGGCUGCGAGAACGCCGCCUACAUGAACCACGGCGGGCUGGGCAGCCUCAAGUUGAUGUGCGGAUAUCUCCCUCCUCUCAUGGAGGAAGAGGAGUGGAGUUGCAGUGACCUGAAGGCGAAAGCUUUGGGGUCUGUGGUGGGACUGUCUGCGAAGAACCUGAGGGCUACUGCUACUAUCCGAACAGCAGCUGAAGUGCUGGAGAAGACCUACAGGUCCCAUCGACGAGGAGACCCCGCCAGCCCGUACUUCAUCAACUCCGGCUACAUUUUCGCCCCCGCCACCAGUGCCAACGACAGCGAGAUCUCAAGCGACGCAGCGACAGACGACUCUCUGUCGAUGACUGACAGUAGUGUAGAUGGAAUCCCUCCUUACAAGAUGUGCAGCAAGAAGCAGCUGCAGCGAGAGAUGCAUCGUAACAUUAAGAUCAAUGGCCAAGUUACGUUACCCCACUUUCCUAGGACACACCGGCUGCCUAAGGAGAUGACCCCAGUCGAGCCCUCAGCUUUUGCUGCCCAGCUCAUUGCCAAACUGGAGAAGCUGAAGCGUGAGCAGGACACGAUGAGCUCUCUGGAGGAGAGGCUGCAGCAAAUUCAGGAGGAGGACGAAAGGGAGGAAAGCAACGACCUGAGCAGCAGCAGCUCCCUUCAUCACCCCCUGCUGCCAUCCGCAAGCCAAUGUGAGGAAGACCCCCAGGCCAUCUUAGACGAGCACCUUUCCCGUGUCCUGAAGACGCCCGGCUGCCAGUCGCCUGGCGUCGUCCGGCACUCGCCACGUUCCCGCUCCCCGGAUCAGACCGGCGUUCUGGUGUCCUCUGGCCAUGCGACUCUUUUUGGUGCUUAUCAAGGGUCCGCUAAGGUUCUGAUGACAGGCAGGCAGUCCACGAAGCACAUCCACCACCACUACAUCCACCAUCACCAUGCUGGGCCCAAAACUAAGGAGCAGAUUGAGACCGAAGCGGCUCAGCACGUGCAGUGCCUCUGCCCUCAAGGGGGCGCCAAUUACUCCGACUUCACACCUGCUCGCUGCAGCACUUUGUCCAGACGACCAGUGAAGGCCUCCGAUGAGGGUGUGUCUUCACCAUGCCUUCCCAUGGUUUCCACCGACCGCUCUCAGAAUGUUUGGCAGUGGAUCCUGGAGAGCGAGAGGCAGGGCAAGCACAAGCCCCACAGCACUCAAGGCCUAAAGAAGUCCAGUCCUCUCGAUUCCAAGAUCCUGCCUGCUAGGACCAACACCUGGGGUGGAGCUGGCACCUGCAACGGGAGUCACCUCCGUGGCCAUCACCCGGGCCAUCCUUUCAUCCAGGAUCCUGCUAUGCCACCCUUACCCCCUCCCAACACCCUGGCACAGCUUGAGGAGGCUUGUCGCAGACUGGAAGAGGUUUCCAAGCCACCAAAGCAGAGGCAUUCAACAGCGUCUAGCAGCCUUCAGAGAGACAGGAGCCAUCCACCUGCUGGAACCGGUGCAGGCUCCUCUCAAACCAACCCUGAAGAGUCUAAGGAGCUGGUGGUAACAUACUUUUUCUGUGGCGAGGAAAUUCCUUAUCGCAGCAUGAUGAAGACCCACUGCCUCACCCUGGGUCACUUCAAAGAACAGCUCAGCAAGAAAGGCAACUACCGGUACUACUUCAAGAAGGCGAGCGAUGAGUUUGAGUGUGGAGCGGUGUUCGAGGAAGUGUGGGAAGAUGCCACUGUGCUGCCCAUGUACGAGGGCAAGGUCCUGGGCAAAGUGGAGAGGAUGGACUGAAAAAAAAGAAAAACAAUAACACAAACAACCAGUGCCCUUCCUAUGCCCAACCACAAGUUAAGCUUUCCCUUAAGAACUUGAGCAACAGACUCUAUGAAAAAAACAAACAAAAAAAAAACCUCUGGACUUUUUUUUUUUUUUAAUAUUUCUUAUUGUUAAGCUAAACAGAGUUAAUAUAUCCAGCACAAGAAACGCGAUUGAAGGAAGACGAGCCAAUGAAGUAUGCCGAACUCAGAGGAGGAGCCGCCCCCUCCCUGACUCGCUCAACCAAUCAGCCUUAGAUCACACAAAGGGACAAAACUUUGAAGACCAACGCAAGAAUCGGAGGCCAGGGGGGAGGAGAGACCCCGACUCCUCUUGAAGAUAACCACUGAAGAAACCGUCGAGUUGCGACACGACGGCAGACUGAUGGUGUCCUGUGCAGAGGGCUAAGCAGGCGCCAACAGAAACGCCCAUACGUGUGCAUAUACAUACAUAUAUAUGUAUAUAUACACAUAUUUUAUAUAUAUAUAGAUAUACAUAUAUAUCUAUAUAUGUAUAUAUAAUCCUUUUUGUCUUGAGUUUAAAGUUUUAUUUAGUAUUUAUUAAAAUAACCCUUCCCUCUCCCAUCUCUUAAUCCAUUGACCCCGCCCCCUUUUCCCUUCUCCAGCCAAUGAUGAAGCUGCUUUGAAUGUUGGGAGAAUACCGUAGUGAUGCCGUUUCAUGUUUGUCCGUUUUUAUGUUCCGCAAAGGUCGUCACACUAGCCUUGUUGCCACUUUCUUCCCAAAAUAACGACCGGAGCGUGGGUCCAGUCCAAAGCUUCACAAAACGGUCGAUCCCAGUUUUAUAUGCUGCUGAUAGUUUUGUUCAAAGUUGUCUCACCAGGAUCUCCCAGCACUCAUUGUCUCUCUCUCUUUCUCCCCUGUCCCUCCCUUUCUCCCUGCCUUUCCCUCUUUAGCGACAGAGCUCAAUCUUUUUUUGUUGUGCCUUUGUUUGUAAACCAGGCAUUGCACAGGGAUGGGAAAUAAAGGGGGGGAGGGGGCUGGAUGGAGGGGUGGGCAGAUUCACACAGAGAGAAGGCCUAAUAAAGACAGUGUUUACAGCCCGCACACCGAAAUAACUCAUGCUAACAAGAAUCAGUUUGAGCCACUGAGAGCGACUUCUCGACGAAGUCGGCCGACGUGUGCGGGAGGGGAAAAAAAAGAAACAAAAAU